ACCGGAAUCCGCACUCUUCGCCCUUCCUCGGCGGCUUAACACUAAUUGUGAUGUUAGCCUGUUUUCUUGGACACUCCCGGUAACUGCCUCAGGAAAACCAUGGCCGAGCAGGCCUCAGGACCCCCUCUGUCGUCCCAACAUGACGAGGUGCUCCAGCAGCGAGUGGCCGCUCUGGAGCAGGAGCGGAACGAGUUCAUCAAACUCAAGCACCAGCUGGAGGCCGAGUUCAACCAAAAGCGAGCCAAGUUCAAAGAGCUCUACGUGUCCAAGGAAGAGGAGCUCAAGAGGCAGAACGUGGUGCUGGAGGGCGCUCAGGUCGAGCUGAGCUGCGUCCUGGACCAGCUGUCUCACGCCCGCACCGAGGUGGAGACCAUCAAAACGGUGGCCACCUUGUCGGAGAACACCAAGCAGGAAGCCGUCGACCAGGUCCGCAGCCAGUGGCAGGAGGAGGUGGCCUCGCUGCAGGCCAUCAUGAAAGAAUCCGUGUGUGAGUACGAGGUCCAGUUUCACCACCGUCUGGAGCAGGAGCGGGCCCAGUGGAACCAGUAUCGGGAGGCAGUGGAGAGGGAACUAGGUGAGCUGAGACGCCGCCUCACCGAGGGCCAGGAGGAGGAGAACCUGGAAGACGAAAUGAAGAAAGCGCAGGAAGAUGCAGAGAAGUUGCGUUCAGUGGUGAUGCCCAUGGAGCACGAGAUCGCUGCCCUGAAAGCCAGGCUGACUAAAGCCGAGGACAGGGUGAGGGAACUGGAGGCCUCCAAGGUGAAGGAGCUCAAUCACGUCCUGGAGGCCGAGAAGUCGUGUCGUACCGACCUGGAGAUGUACGUCGCCGUGUUGAACACUCAGAAGUCCGUCCUGCAGGAAGACGCGGAGAAACUACGGAAAGAGCUCCAUGAUGUCUGUCACAAGCUGGAGUUGGAGCGGCAGCAGCACAACCAGCUGAAACACACGUGGCAGAGAGCCAACGACCAGUUCCUCGAGUCCCAGCGUCUCCUCAUGAGGGACAUGCAGCGCAUCGAGAGUGUGCUGUCCUCGGAACAGCUCCGCCAGGUGGAGGAGAUGAAGAAGAAAGACCAGGAGGAGGAUGAGGAGGAUGAGGAGGAGAGGCUGAAACAAGUGAAGGGGCUGCAGGAGGAGGAUGUGGGAGACAACACCGAGCCUCUGGAGGAUUCUUUCCUCGGGCUGAGUAUCGAGGAGCCUCAUGCCAACCACAGCGCCCACGGCUCCAUGCACUCUUUAGACACUGACGUGGUGACGGGCGGCCCCAUGGAUCCCUACAAGGAAAACCUGCGGCGAGUCCAGUCAACGGACAGCCUCGGCUCCUCGCUGUCCGUCCAGCAGGGCCUCGGCGGCCACAACCACAAGGCCAAGUCGGCCAGCCACUUGGACGAGUCGGACUUUGGGCCCUUAGUGGGGGCCGACUGCAGCGUGACGGACACUAGCUUCGGCGAAACCUCGUCCAUCAGCUCCAUGAAGCUGACGGGGAGCCACUUCCUGCUGACUAAAGACCAGGAGAAGGCCAUCAAGGCCAUGACGCCUGAGCAGGAGGAGACGGCGUCGCUGCUGUCCAGCAUCUCCCAAGCACCGGACACCGCCUUCUUAUCGCCGGCGGGCUACAGGCUCGUCAGCGACAGCGAGUGGAACCUGCUGCAACAAGAGGUGAAAAACGCCGGCAGGAAGCUCGGCCGACGUUGUGACAUGUGCUCCAACUACGAGAAGCAGCUGCAGUCCAUCCAAGGACAAGAGGCCGAGACACGAGACCAGGUGAAGAAACUGCAGGUGAUGCUUCGUCAGGCCAACGAUCAGCUGGAGAGGACGAUGACGGAGAAACAGAAUUUGGAAGAUUCGGUCAAACUGGGCAACGAGGAAACUGCCGCUAAGGUGUCCGCCUUCAUGCAAAGAGUCCAGGAGUCAGAACUGCUGCUCAGCACACUUCAACAGGCCUUCAGUGAUGCAAAGGGGAACACACAGGACCAGAUGGCGGUGCUGGUGAAGUCGAGGGAGCAGGUGGCAGACGAACUGAGCCGACUGCAGAGAGACAACGAGAGCUUGCAGGGAAAACACAGGCUGCACGUAGAACUGCAGCAACAGGAAGAUUUCCAGAUGCCCAAUACUGUGCAAGAGCUCCAUGGCCUGGUGGUGCAGCACCGCGAGGACCUGGUGGCGUUGCGGACGGCCGCUGAUCACAUGGAGGAGAAGCUGAAAGCUGAGAUUCUGUUUCUGAAGGAUCAGAACCAGGCGGAGCAGUGUCUGAAGGAGAACCUGGAGGAGACUCUGCAGCUGGAGAUCGAGGGCUGUAAGGAGGAGAUAGCGUCGUUCUCCAGUCUGAAGACUGAGCUGGAGCGAAUAAAGGCGGAGAAGGAGAAGCUGCAGAGCAGUCUAGCGGAGAAGACCGAGACGCUGGAGAGCAUCCAGGGCCUGAGGAUCAGCCUGGAGCGCCAGCUAAGAGAGCUCGCCACCGCAAAGAGCGCACUAGAGAGUCAGGUGUUUGACGAGAAAGACAAAGCUCUGCGACUGCAGACGGAGCUGGAUGUCAGCGAGCAAGUUCAGAAGGACUUUGUCAAACUUUCUCAGACCCUUCAGGUGCAGCUGGAGCGAAUACGACAGGCGGAGUCGUUGGACCGAAUCAAAGUCAUCCUCAAUGACACCGACUUGACGGACAUCAACCACCUCCCGGACACAUGAUCCCCACCCCACCCCCACCCCUCUUCUUUUCUCUCAUCACUGGCCCCAAUAACAUUAUUGAUCUGACCCUUCCCCCUCCUCCUUCCCCCCCACCCCCUCCUCCAUAACCACCACAGAAGAAGAGUUUGAAAGGACAGACCAGGCAAUGAGGAGCCUUAUUUGUGUGAAUUAAGAGUCUUGGAAACACACCGUGGAUAGAAUAAUGAAGAACACUACUACUACUACUACUACUACAACUACAACAAAAAAAAAAAAGGAAAAAUGUAAAUACCUAAAAGUGCGACUGGACGGAGGGCGUCCAUCUUCCUGUUUGUCUGUGUCUCGUUUCUACUGUAGAUAUAUGACUGUCUGUAUUAGCUCAACCAAAAACGCAAAAAAAAAAAAAAAAAAAGGUUUGUCGUCUUCUAAAAGCACUUUUCAUCUGCAGCUUCUCUUUCCGGGUAAAUAUAGGAAACUAUUGGAUGCAUAACUUUCCUCCGUCUAGUUCCCAGAGCGGGUGAUAAUCGCUUCCUUGUUCCACUCGCUGGUUCUUUCCCACCUCCUGUUCUUUCUGUGACGUUUCCCACUUUGUUCUGGUCAUUUUCACCUUGUGACAAAGAGGCAAUGAAGGAGAUUCAUGGAGAAACACUCGCACAUCACUUAACUGGGAUAAAUUGAGCAAUCCUCUCCACAUCUUAAACAUUACAUACUGUAUCUUUGCUUUGUUCUUAACGUCUUGACACUUUCUUUUUUUUAAGCUGCAGAAAUACAGUGAAGAAACAUUCAUGUGUUGUUGCUAAGUUUUAUUUUUCACACUUGUUUCUUGAUUGUUUCAAGAGAUGGUGUGUUGUUGUUUUUAAGUGUGUUUGUACGAGGUACGUCUCCACAGUAUUUAGAGGACUUUGGUGUUUUAAAGGGGUAGUUUGGUUUCAGUCGCACAAUAACACAAACACAAUAAAUGUUGUUAUGGAGUCUGGUAUCUUUGAAGAGAGCAAAGAUAACUGCUGUGGUUCUGAUAUUGAUUGAGAGGCGUGUCACACAACCACACUUUAAAACAGUCAAACUGUCUCUUUUUGGACACAGAAGUUGUCUGAGUAAAAAAAAAAAAAAAAAAUAAUGGUUUGGUGAAGAAGAGGUGUAAAUGGAAAAUAAUUGAUUUUAAAACACACUGCUCCUUUUUUUUUUUUUUUAUAGAUAGAUUUUUUCUUUAUUUAAAUCUAAAGCUUCUUGAGGGGCUUUUAGAUCCCAAUGAAAGAGUUCACCAUCACAACACUUUGACAAGAAGUUUCUGUUCUGUGUGAGAGGCUGGGAGGGGAGGGCUUCAUUCAUCACUACAGGAGAUGCUGCGGUCUUUGAAGCUACUAAUGGAUCUGAUUAAUAUCAUCUUAAAGUGUUCAUGUGUUUAGAAAGCAAACCUUUAAUAAUUAAAACAGGAACAAACCUUUCUUUGUAACUUCCCAAAUCCGGCUUUGGACGUCGACUUCAUUCAACGCCACGAAUGUUCUCGACGAGCGACUUCAAAUCGUUCAAACAAGUCCUUUUUUUAAAUUUUACUAUAGAAGUUUAUUCAACACACAUCAAGUGUUUACGCAGGUUUUUUUUCUGAAUAUUUGUUCUCCCGACAAAACAAAGAUAAAGUUAAAGGGCCCUCUGCGGAUAUCUCUCCCGUCAGUUUGAACUCUUUGAUUCUUCCAGCGCCUGAGUUCAGAUGAAACCAGGUACACAACGUCACACCUUUUCGUUUGGCACUGAUUAAAGUGGAAAAAUCACUUCCGAAAACUAAUAGGAAUAAUAUGAUUUUUCAGAACCGUGGCUAAUAUUUUCUGUUAUGCUCACUCUUUCAAGCUGUUUCUCAGCAGCUGGCAGUCAUGCUCUCCUUGAAUGAAUGAAUUUGAUGACAGAUAAGAGGUUGAAUUGUUGUGAAAAAAAAUAUUCCGGAAUGGAUACAUACAUACAGCAGCUUUGUAAGGUUCAAGGACACGUCAAUCUCUGUUGUUUUUGUUUUAAUGUGCAUGAUUUGCAUCUCCUCCUGUUGCACAUGUCUGUACUGUAGAUAUCUUGAGUUGAUAUUUAUGAAAGAUUCCUUCAAUGUGUUAUGAGAGGACGUUUUGGGCAAACCAGCCUGAAGUUGCACUGACGGGAAAACCAUGUUGUUUUUCUUUUGUUUCCUUUUGCCUGUAUAAUUGUGGGCUAACGUCCGAGAACUGAUGAAUUUAAGAGAAGAUAUUUUAUAGGGUGAGAUCUGGAUGAUGUUUUUUCUUCUGAACGGCCUUAUUGCAUUAUGGCUUGGUGUGUUUUAAAUUUUAUUUGUGACAUUUAAUGUCUGUUUAUUACGGGGAGACAUUUGUUUCGUGGCUCAUACAGCCUUAAUAUGGAGCUCAUUGCAUCAUCAUCACAUAUUUUGUUUGAAUAAUUUCUGGUCUAACAUUAAUUAAUUAUUUAAUAAAAACAAUGUGUAUUGAAUCCCAAA